AUGAGCGGCAUUGGUGAAUCACGUAGUGAAUUACUGUUAUGGGUGAACAACUUAUUAAAUCUAAAAAUCGCUAAAAUAGAAGAAUGUGGUACAGGUGCCAUAUAUUGCCAAAUACUGGAUUCAAUUUAUGGAGAUAUACCAAUGCACAGAGUCAAGUUUGGUUUCCAUAUUCCAGAAUAUGAGAUGUAUACUAAUUAUAAAAUAUUACAAAAUUGUUUUAAUAGACAUUCAAUUGAAAAACCAGUCAUAGUGGAAAAAUUGGUAAGAUGCAAGUUUCAAGAUAAUCUAGAAUUUUUACAAUGGUUAAAAAAAUUUUGGGUUGUUAACAAAGAUUUUGAAACUGAGUAUGAUGCUACGGCUAGAAGGAGCAGCAGUACCAUUAAUAAUACUAAUGGUAAUGGUAAUGGUAGAUCUUCUAGGGUAUCCAGCACCGGUGUUCGAAGAAGUUCUGUCGGUAUUGUUUCUAAAAGCAUUUCCGCUUCCGGAAUGAAUAAUCAAUACAUUAAUGAUAAUGGUAACAAUACCACCAGAAAACCAUCUUUAGGGUCGAUUACCCACAAUAAUGUUUCUCUUGGUGUUAAUAAAAGGCCAAUACGGAACUUUGGGACUGCUGCUAAUGGUAUAAGUAACAACACUACUGCACUUUAUGAAACAAAAAUUGAAAAUUUGGCAAAUGAGCUAAAUCAGCAAAAGAUGAAAGUGGACUUAUUAAAUAAGGAAAUGCAACAAUUUCAGGAGGCUAUGAAUGUUAUGGAACGUGAAAGAGAUUUUUAUUUUGGCAAACUAAGAGAUGUAGAAAUAUUAUCCACCACCACUGAACAGCUAUUAAAGGAGGAAUAUCAACUAAAUAAUACUAACAAUGAGGGUGUAGAUUUGUCUAUUAAAGACCAAGUUUUCGAACAAUUUAGUAGUUUUGUAAAUAAAAUCCAAACUAUAUUGUAUGCCACUGAAGAUGGUUUUGAAAGUGUCUUGCCAGAGGAGGAUAAGGAUAUUAUAAAAACUAACAAUAAUGCAGAUAAUAUUGCAAAAGAAGAAAAUGCUAUUAAUGAUACAAAUGAAAAUGCAGGACCCAAUUCUGAUAUUAUUGCCGGAAGUAACAAUAUUAAUACCAUCAUAACAAAUGAGGAAACAUUUUAG